UUUGGAGUUCGUCAUUGCUCGCGACUUCAUAGAAUCACGGUGAGAAAACUCCUAUAAAUAUGGUAGAUCGGGGAACCAUAAAUCACAUUCAGCAUCAGAUUAGAAAGACUAUAAACUAAAACCUCAGAACUCUCCGAACAACAACAACAAAAAAAAAACAUCAUCAAUGGUAGCUGCGAUCGUGAACGAGCAUCUUCCCACACCUUUGGAUGCCACUUCUGAACAACCUCCUCUCUUUGAUGGAACUACAAGGUUGUACGUCUCUUAUACAUGCCCGUUUGCACAGCGUGUGUGGAUCCUCAGGAACUACAAGGGAUUACAUGACAAGAUUAAAUUAGUUCCAAUUGACCUUCAAAACAGGCCUGCUUGGUACAAAGAGAAAGUCUACCAUGAAAACAAGGUACCCUCAUUGGAACACAAUGGCAAAGUCAUUGGGGAGAGCCUUGAUUUGAUUAAAUAUGUAGACAGCAACUUUGAAGGACCUUCUCUUCAACCCAAUGAUCCUGCUAAAAAAGAGUUUGCUGAAGAACUGAUAACCUACAGUGAUACCUUCAACAAGAUAGUGUACACAUCAUUCAAAGGAGACACUGUCAAAGAAGCUGGCCCUGCUUUUGACCACCUAGAGAAUGCUCUUCAUAAAUUUAAUGAUGGGCCUUUCUUCCUUGGCCAUGAGCUCAGUUUGGUGGACAUAGCUUACAUCCCGUUUGUUGAAAAAUUCCAAGCCUUCCUUUCAGGAGUGUGGAAUUAUGACAUCACUGCAGGAAGGCCUAAACUUACUAAGUGGAUCGAGGAGGUGAACAAGAUUGAUGCUUAUAAGCCAACAAAGACGGAUCCCAAAGUGAUUGUUGAAUUAUUCAGUGCCCGCUUUUUGGCUAAGCACUGAACAUACCAGCACAGUUCCAUUGGACGUUAAUUAGUGAAAUAAGUGGCUGUCUUUUAUUUUUUAUUUUUCUUUUGUUGAAGAAAUAAGUGGCUUUCUGCCUUAUUGUAAUGUUUCUUAGUAUAUCAUGUCUUACGUGUGUACGUACUAGUUGAAGAUAUAGACAGCGUCUGAUCAGCAUGUAUGGAUUGGUUAAAUAAAUAUAAGUCAUUCGGUUCAGAACA